AUGACUGAACUCCUAUGGCGCAGUCGCGGAGCUGCGCCGCUUUUGUCAUCCCUUCGCUGUUCCCGCAGCUAUUCAACUCAUCACGCCGCCAGAAUACCCAGCUGCAACCCCAUAUUACUUAUUGAUAACCCAUCAUUGCGAAACCAGCAUUCUUCGAACUAUAAGUCCACUCCCUCCAUCCCCCGCCAAACACCAGGGCAGCGCAUCCCACGAUCAUACCUCCCCCAAUCAAGACACCACCACACCUCGCGUGCAAACAACAACAAUGAAUCAUCCACCAACAACAACACCACCAAACCCAUAUCCCUCCCAACAACCCCGGACCCCGACCUCCCACACCUCAACGCCUCGCAAAAUGUGCACAUGACCAAAAUAUCCAGCAAACCCAUAACCUCCCGCCUCGCAACAGCAACCUGCCAUAUCCAAUUCUCCAACCCGCGGCCCUGGGAGAUCCUGCGCGACGGCGGGAUGACCAAAAAGGGGGAUGUGUUUAGUGUAGCGCGCAUCGCGGGGAUUAUGGCUGCGAAGAGGACACCAGAUAUUAUACCCCUGUGUCAUCCGGGAAUAGGGAUCACGGGGGUGGAGGUGGAUGUGGAGUUGGUUGGGCCGGAGGCUGCGUCGGCUAAGCAUGGUGAUAAUGGUGGUAAGUGGGAUUUGGGGCAUGGGGGAAUGAGGGUCGUGGCUAGUGUGAGUUGUGAGGGACGGACGGGGGUGGAGAUGGAGGCUAUGACGGCGACAAUGGGGGCGGCAUUGACGGUAUAUGAUAUGUUGAAGGCAGUGGAUAAGGGGAUGGUAGUUCAGGGGGUGAGGCUGUUGGAGAAGAAGGGGGGGAAGAGUGGGCAUUGGGUUAGGGAAGAUUCUACGAGUAGUAGUAGAGGUGGUUCUGAGAAGUGA